AUGCGUGAGCUUCAAGAAAACACACAUAUUUCAGUCAUUCGUAGUACUCUAAAUGAACUGAGAGGAUCUUAUGUCAAACGUGUCGGAAAUGCUUUCCAAUUUCUUCACGACUUUAUAAUGGAGAUAACGACUCUGGUAUUUGGUGUUGAUUGUCCACAAGAGACAAUUCAGUACGCGGAUAGUGGUUUUCUGAGACGUCGAGUGAAGAUAGAAGGCGACACAGAAGAGGAAGAUCGCGAUCCCUUCACUGUUUACCUUCCUACAGAGUACAUAGGUGAUCUUGUAGACAGGUUUAUCAUUGACAUGCAAACAGAACAUCUUGUAGAUGUUCUACUAAAUCCAUGUUUAAGGGAAAAAAGUGUUAUCGCAUCUUUUACAGAAAAAGUGGACUCGCCCGGAAUGCUUCUUGAAUUAGUAAGAUUCGGUUUUGAUAUACACAAGUUCGCCACUCAGUGGAAUUUAUUACUAUUAGCUUGUAUGAAUGGAGAAAAGAACUUGAAGAUAGCUGCAAUAAAAACAGACACAAGUGAAGAAGAAAGACCUAGUUAUGGUGAACAUUAUACAUUGGUACAACUCUUACUGAACAACGGUGUCGACAUCAAUUUACGUGAGAAGAAUGGAAACAGUCCUCUCCAUAUGUCAUGUCAAAAGGGACGUGAAAGCACGGUUCAAUUGUUACUGAACAACGGUGCCGACAUCAAUUUAUGUGAUAUUGAUGGAGACAGUUCUCUUUAUAUAGCUUGUCAUGAAGGACUUGAUAGCACGGUACAACUCUUACUAAACUACGGUGCCGAUAUCAAUUUAUGUAACAAGAACGGGAUCAGUCCUCUUUUGAUAUCGUGUCGUGAUGGAUAUGAAAAAACAGUACAGUUGUUACUGAACAACGGUGCCAACAUCAAUUUAUAUGAGAAUUAUGGAGCCAGUCCUCUUAUUAUAGCUUGUCAAAAUGGACAUGAAAGCACGGUUCAACUAUUACUAAACAACUGUGGUGCCGAUAUCAAUUUAUGUACCAACGAUGGGGCCAGUCCUCUUUACAUUGCUUGUCAAAAUGGACAUGAUAACACGGUACAACUAUUACUGAACAACGGUGCCGACAUCAACUUUUGUGAUAAUAAUGGAGCCAGUCCCCUUUUAAUAGCUUGUCAAAAUGGACAUGAUAGCACGGUGCAACUGUUACUGAAUAAUGGUGUCGACAUAAAUUUAAGUGACAAGAAUGGAUUCAGUUUUCUCUUAAUAGCUUGUCAAGAUGGACAUGAUAGCACAGUACAACUAUUACUAAACAACAGUGCCGAUAUUAAUUUAUGUGAUAAUGAUGGAUUCAGUCCUCUUCAUAUAGCUUGUCAAAAUGGACAUGAUAGCACGGUACAACUGGUACUGAACAGCGGUGUCGACAUCAAUUCAUGUACAAACAAUGGAGUCAAUCCUCUUCAUCUAGCUUGUCAAAAUGGACAUGAUAGCAUGGUACAACUCUUACUGAACAACGAUGCCAACAUCAAUUUAAGUAAUAAUGAUGGAUUGAGUCCCUUUUAUAUAGCUUGUCAAAAUGGAUAUGAUACCACAGUACAGCUGUUACUGAACAAUGGUGCUGACAUCAAUUUAUGUGACAAGAAUGGUAUCAGUCCUCUUUAUAUAGCUUGUCACAAUGGACAUGAUAGCACGGCGCAACUAUUACUGAACAACGGUGCCGACAUCAAUUUAUGUAAUCAGAAUGGAGCAAGCCCUCUUUUUGUAGCUUGUCAAAAUGGACAUGAUAGUACAGUCCAACUGUUACUGAACAAUGGUGCCGAUAUCAAUUUAUGGCACAACAAUGGAGCUAGCCCUCUUUAUAUAGCCUCUAUAAACGGGCAUGAUAGCACGGUACAACUGUUACUGAACAACGGUGCCGACAUCAGUUUAUGUCACAACAAUGGAGCUAGCCCUCUUUAUGUAGCGUGUUAUGAAGGACAUGAUAGCACAGUGCAACUGUUACUGAACAACGGUGCCGACAUCAAUUUUUGUGAUAAAAAUGGAGCUAGUCCUCUUGAUAUAGCUUGUCAAAAGGGACAUGAAAGAAUUGUACAACUGUUCUUAAACACCGGUAACGACAUCAAUUUAUGUAACAAGAAUGGAGCCAGCCCCCUUUAUAUAGCUUGUCAAAAUGGAAAUGGAAGUACAGUGCAAGUAUUGCUGAAUAACAGUGCGACAAUCAAUUAUAUGAUUAUGAUGGUGUUAGUCCUCUUUACAUUGCUCCUCAUAAAGGACAUGAUAGCAUGA